AUGGCUUCCUCAUCACGAUUUUUUCCUUUGUCAGGCUCUAAUUCUUCAUCAUCUUCUUCAUCAUCCUCUUUAUUAGAUAACGUUAUUGACUCGAUGAUUCAAUGUAAUCAAGAUGCCUUUCGUGAGAUUUUGAAUUCAGUGAAGCCAGAGAUAGUAGAACAAGUUUUUAAACCACGUAAGAGGCGGUACAUUCAUCGUGAUCGAGAGGGAAGCCACCGUCAACUAAUGAAAGACUACUUUGACGAGAAUUGCACAUAUCCACCGGAGUACUUUCACAGACGAUUCAGGAUGCGACGAGAACUAUUUCUUCGUAUCCUGAAUGAUGUUAAAGCUUAUGACGACUACUUCAUCCAAAAAAGGGAUGCAACAGGUCGUUUGGGGUUGUCUUCUAUACAAAAGAUGACAACAGCAAUAUGUAUACUCGCAUAUGGUUGUGCAGCCGAUCAUUGUGACGAGUAUAUUAAAAUUGGUGAGAACACUGCUAUUGAAACCCUGAUGACAUUUUGUAAGGCUGUUAUUGGUGUGUAUGGGGAAGAGUAUAUGCGCCCACCCAACGAAGCCGACAUAGCACGACUACUUCAAGAAGGGGAGGAGAGAGGAUUCCCCGUUACUGGUCAAAUUCCUCCGGUUAAUUUCGUUGUGAAUGGCCAUUACCAUACAAUGGGGUCUUACCUAUCUGAUGGUAUAUACCCUAAGUGGGCAACUUUGAUGCAGACCAUCCCGCACCCAACUACAGCAAACGAACAACUUUUUGCUCAAAGACAGGAAGCCUGUAGGAAAGAUGUGGAGCGAGUUUUUGGGGUCUUGCAGAGCAAGUGGGCAAUAACGAAAGGACCAGUGCGUUUUUGGGAUAAAGGGGACUUGUGCCUUAUAAUGAAAAUGUGCAUCAUCCUUCACAACAUGAUCAUUGAAGAUGAGUGCCAUGCCAAUGUUAGAAGAUGA